CGCUGCAGUAGGGAACGCACUCACCUGCACAGUACACACACACGUCCAGGGAAUUGACAGAUGAGCGACGCAACCUGAUCCCUGACUUCUAUAUACUCAUGUGAUUCUUUGGAAACUGAGUGGCUGUGUCCGAGGGAUUUGUGAAAGCUUUACUAGUCUCGAAAAUUACGAAAGUUUGAUUUGUUGGAAGUUGAAUGAAUCUGGCAUUAAAUAACACUUCUGUGGUCUGGGCGUACCUAAGUAGUGGUGGUGGUGGUGGUAGUGGUGAAUCAUUAGCAGCAAAGAAGCAUGCGGGUGUGGAGGAAACUUCAGCUAUGCCUUCUAAUGGGCGCUGCUACCUGGCCCGUCGCCGUCCUCUCCCAGGACUGCGAAUUCAACGAGGAGAACGGCGAGGUGUCCACGUGUGAUCUCGUAAUGGACGUCACGGCUUUCCAUCGGUCCCCCUGGAAAACUGGAAGCGGCAGUACCUAUCUCUGGCAAGGAGGAGUCAAAGAAGACGCCCAGGGCAGCUCUUCGGGCGGGUACGUGCUGGCCACAGUGACGGACAUGGCACGGAAGGAGGCGUGGAUGGUCACCAGUCCUGCGCCCACCACGGGACCGGAAGGGCGCUGCGUCACAUUCGCGUACUUCAUAGGGCAGCUGGGUGUGGAGUCCAUGGAGGUUCUACUUAUCACCUACGACAGUGACGAUCCAACACAAGCAAUCACCAACACCUCCAUCCCAUUGAACUUCCGCCCUACGACCCUUUGGCGGAGGCGGCAGACCACGGGCGGCGACUGGCGGCAGGCAGCAAUCACCUACUCAACGGGACAGAAACACAGUAUCGUGUUCUCCGCUUCCCCCGACGCCAGCUACAUUAGAUACCGCGGCUUUGUGGCGGUAGAUGAUAUCAUCUUUAAUUCAGGACCUUGUGAGAAUGAGUGUCUCUUUGAUCAAGACUUCUGCAGUUGGAAUAAUGCGCUUAACGAUGACGAGGACGACUUCGACUGGAGCCUCGGAUGGAGCAGUGGCAAACGUGGAACGGGACCGGCCAAGGACCAAGCCUCCUCCCUUGACCCUCACGUCAAGACAGGAGGUUACGCGUACAUUGACAGUGAAGCGCCCAGACUAUCCGGGGAAACUGCCAGGCUGGUGUCCGAUGUGCUGCAGCCUCGUGAGGAGCCGCUGUGCUUUCACUUCUGGGUCAACAUGCACGGCGGGGGACUGGGCACCCUCAGGCUGCUAGACACACCAAUUAAUGAGGUCAACGCCACUACGGUGCUGUGGCAGGUCAACCCGGACUCAACCAGCGGCACUGACCUCUGGUACGCCUGUCAACAAACUGUAGCCAUCGACCAGGAGACGCAGCUGGUGUUGGAGGCGUCCGUUGGGUCUGUUGGUGCCGGGGAUAUCAGCCUCGACUCAUUCAGGUUCACGCAGGGCCCUUGUCCGAGUCAGCCGUCCGGGACCAGCCUGUCGUGGGGCGACUGCACCUUCGUGGGCGGGACGUGCAAGUGGCAGGUGCCGGCAAGGAGCCCCUACGACUGCGCCUUCCUCUCCAGAGUAUCGGGAGGCCACUACGAUCCCCCAGGACACACCGAGAGUUGGUUUCACUUCACGGAUAUGUACAUGAAGUUUGACCUUAACUGCUACACCAACCAGCCCCGGGAGAGAGCGGCAAUGGUUUCCCCGGAGAUCAAGGAGGAUUCUGGCGCCUUCUGCCUCUCCUUCUGGGUUUACAUGUUUACGAACGUCGCCUCGCAAAGACACGUGGGCGCCCUUCAGGUCGUCCUCAUGUACCCGAACAGGAACGUGACAGUGUGGCGGCUGCAGAACAAACAACACUCCCACUGGAACUAUGCUCAGGUGCCGGUGCCCGCCUCGCCAAACCCCGUGAAGGUGGGCAUCGAGGGCGUGCAGGGGCCUAAGGUGAUGGGCAUGAUCGGUGUGGAUGACGUCACGGUCUUCUCCUCGUCUCAAUGCCCAGUGGUGCCGGGAUCAGCGAGUGUCGAGGAGGCGGACUGUACCUUCGAUCAUGACUUUUGCCACUGGAAGAUCGAGGACCACACGGCAGACGAACUAGACUCGGACACCUGGCACCUACCGCGGGAGAACCGUCUGCUCAAGGACCACACCUUCAACGCAGAUGGAGGUGGCUUUGCUUAUCUGUUCUCCUUCAGAAGCAAAAAGGAGAGUCGCAUUUCGAGCCCCAAGCUGGCGGAAAACACACCUUACUGUCUUUCCUUCUGGUUCUCUGAGAUUUACCAAGACGAGGACGCCGAGCUCUCUAUAGCCAGGGUGAGGGAAGGGGAGGAGGAAGUAGUGUGGAGUGUCAAGCAAGAGGACCUGACGGACCCUCCAGUUAGUGACCAAAGCCCUGAGUGGCGCUAUGGUCAAGUCCUCCUCGAGUCACAGCCUUCAGAAUACCAGGUUGUCAUUCACGGCAAGGUGUACGACAGUUCCUGGGCUGUGGACGACAUCACCUUCUUUCCUGACCGCACCAACUGCAAGGUUGUCCCGAGAAAGGUACAGCCAGCGACGGACGAUGCGUAGCGCCGUUCAGUCUUUCUUCUUCAAUUUCUCUUCCAAUGUCAACAUUCUAGAUUAGGUCAUCAUCUGGGCCAGGACAGUGUUGAGGAAACAACCUGCAUCAAGAAUAUGAAAUAAAUUGACAGAAAUCGAAGAUGGAGUCAUUUCUGACGCAGCUGAUUAUUCUCCCUCAACUGGAAAAAGUAGGAAGAGUAGUUUAUCUGCUUUAUAAAGUGUCUGCUUCAGCGAUAACAUUAAAAAAUGACUUGUAAUGGAAUGAUAAGUUCAUAACAACCCAAGUAUUUAUUUGUUAUUCCUUGUGCGUGACUUGCAGGCGUAGAAUGUUGGAGGUGUAGGGCGCCG